GGGCCUCCCCGAGCCUUCCCCACCUCCUGGGCCCGAGGGACGCGCGCUCCGGCGGGCGAGCAGGGGGGAGGGAGCCGCCCCCGCCCGCGCCCCCUCCGCUCCCCCCCAGCCCCGCCACGCCGGGCCGGGUGGCGCGGCCCGAAGCGCCCGCGAUGGCGAGCCCGCCGCUGCACGGGCCCCCCGGGCCAGCGGGCGGCGACGGCCCCAACCUCAACAACAACAACAACAACAACAACCACAGCGUGCGCAAGUGCGGCUACCUGCGCAAGCAAAAGCACGGCCACAAGCGCUUCUUCGUGCUGCGCGGGCCCGGCGCGGGCGGCGACGAGGCGACGGCGACAGCGGGCGGGGGGCCGGCGCCGCAGCCGCCGCGGCUCGAGUACUACGAGAGCGAGAAGAAGUGGCGGAGCAAGGCGGGCGCCCCGAAGCGGGUCAUCGCGCUCGACUGCUGCCUGAACAUCAACAAGCGCGCCGACGCCAAACACAAGUACCUGAUCGCCCUCUACACCAAGGACGAGUACUUCGCCGUGGCGGCCGAGAACGAGCAGGAGCAGGAGGGCUGGUACCGCGCGCUCACCGACCUGGUCAGCGAGGGCCGCGCGGGCGCCGGCGACGCGCCCCCCGCCGCCGCCACCGCCGCGUCCUGCAGCGCCUCCCUGCCCGGCGCCCUGGGCGGCUCGGCCGGCGCCGCCGCGGCCGAUGACAGCUACGGGCUGGUGGCGCCCGCCACGGCCGCCUACCGCGAGGUGUGGCAGGUGAACCUCAAGCCCAAGGGCUUGGGCCAGAGCAAGAACCUGACGGGCGUGUACCGCCUGUGCCUGUCGGCGCGCACUAUCGGCUUCGUGAAGCUCAACUGCGAGCAGCCGUCGGUGACGCUGCAGCUCAUGAACAUCCGCCGCUGCGGCCACUCGGACAGCUUCUUCUUCAUCGAGGUGGGCCGCUCGGCCGUCACGGGCCCCGGCGAGCUGUGGAUGCAGGCCGACGACUCGGUGGUGGCGCAGAACAUCCACGAGACCAUCCUGGAGGCCAUGAAGGCGCUCAAGGAGCUCUUCGAGUUCCGGCCGCGCAGCAAGAGCCAGUCGUCGGGCUCGUCGGCCACGCACCCCAUCAGCGUCCCCGGAGCGCGCCGCCACCACCACCUGGUCAACCUGCCCCCCAGCCAGACGGGCCUGGUGCGCCGCUCGCGCACCGACAGCCUGGCCGCCACCCCGCCGGCCGCCAAGUGCAGUUCCUGUCGGGUGCGCACAGCCAGCGAGGGCGACGGCGGCGCGGCGGCGGGGACCGGGGCGGCGGGCGGCAGGCCCGUGUCGGUGUCGGGGAGCCCCCUGAGCCCCGGGCCGGUGCGCGCGCCGCUGAGCCGCUCGCACACCCUGAGCGGCGGCUGCGGCGGCCGCGCGGGCAAGGUGACGCUGGCGCCGGCAGGGGGCGCCCUGCAACACAGCCGCUCCAUGUCCAUGCCCGUGGCGCACUCGCCCCCGGCCGCCACCAGCCCCGGCAGCCUGUCGUCCAGCAGCGGGCACGGCUCGGGCUCCUACCCGCCGCCUCCGGGCCCGCACCCGCACCUGCAGCACCCCCUGCAUCUCCCCGCGGGCCAGAGACCCUCCAGCGGCAGCGCCUCGGCUUCGGGCUCCCCCAGCGACCCCGGCUUCAUGUCCCUGGACGAGUACGGCUCCAGCCCUGGGGACCUGAGAGCCUUCUGCAGCCACCGGAGCAACACGCCGGAGUCCAUCGCCGAGACCCCCCCGGCCAGGGACGGCAGCGGGGGGGAGCUGUACGGGUACAUGACCAUGGACAGGCCCCUGAGCCACUGUGGUCGUCCCUACCGCCGAGUCUCAGGGGACGGGGCCCAGGACUUGGACAGAGGGCUGAGGAAGAGGACUUACUCCCUGACGACACCUGCUCGGCAGCGGCCGGUGCCCCAGCCCUCCUCCGCGUCCCUGGAUGAAUACACCCUUAUGCGGGCCACCUUCUCCGGCAGCUCCGGCCGACUCUGCCCGUCCUGCCCCGCGUCCUCUCCCAAAGUGGCUUACCACCCCUAUCCCGAGGACUAUGGCGACAUCGAAAUUGGGUCCCAUAGGAGCUCCAGCAGUAACCUGGGCACGGACGAUGGCUACAUGCCCAUGACCCCUGGCGUGGCUCUCAUGGGGGGUGGCAGUGGUAGCUGCAAGAGUGACGACUACAUGCCCAUGAGCCCCACCAGCGUGUCUGCCCCCAAGCAGAUCCUGCAGCCUCGCGCUGCCGCCGCCGCCUUGCCCCCCACGGGAGCUGCGGCGCCUGCGCCCGCCUCCGCGGCCGGCAGGGCCUUUCCAGUGAACGGUGGCAGCUACAAGGCCAGCUCCCCGGCCGAGAGCUCCCCCGAGGACAGUGGGUACAUGCGCAUGUGGUGUGGCUCCAAGCUGUCCAUGGAGAACGCCGACAGCAAGCUGCUUCCCAACGGGGACUACCUCAACAUGUCCCCCAGCGACGCGGGCCCCUCGGGGACCCCGCCCGACUUCUUCUCCGCAGCCUUGCACAGCAGCGGGGAGACGCUCAGGGGCGUCCCUGGCUACUGCUACAGCUCCCUGCCUCGCUCCUACAAGGCUCCCUACACCUGCGACGGGGACCACGACCAGUACGUGCUCAUGAGCUCCCCCGUGGGGCGCAUCCUGGAAGAGGAGCGACUGGAGCCGCAGGCCAGCCCGGGGACCACGCCGUCGGCCAGCGCCUUCGCCACCGGGGCCGGUGGGGGCGGCCACACGCAGCCUCCUCACCCAGUAGUGCCUUCGCCCGGGAGGCCGAGUGGCGGCGGCAGUGGCCGCCCGGAGGGCUUCCUGAACCAGCGCUGCCGGGCAGUACGGCCCACGCGCCUGUCCCUGGAGGGCCUUCCGACCCUGCCUAGCAUGCACGAGUACCCUCUGCCGCCCGAGCCCAAGAGCCCCGGCGAGUACAUCAACAUCGACUUCGGCGAGUCAGGAGCGCGCCUGUCGCCGCCGGCCCCUCCGCUGCUCGCCUCGGCGGCCUCGUCCUCCUCGCUGCUGUCCGCCAGCAGCCCAGCCUCGUCCCUGGGCUCGGGCACCCCGGGCACGAGCAGCGACAGCCGGCAGCGCUCCCCGCUCUCCGACUACAUGAACCUCGACUUCAGCUCGCCCAAGUCUCCCAAGCCGGGUACCCAGAGCGGGGACCCUGUGGGCUCCUUGGAUGCCCUCCUGUCCCCCGAGGCCUCGUCCCCGUACCCACCGCUGCCCCCGCGCCCUGUCGCCCCCUCCUCCUCCCUGCAGCCGCUGGCCCCCCCUCCGCCACCCCCAGGGGAGCUGUACCGCCUGCCUCCAGCAUCCACCUCCCAGGGCCCCGGCGCCGCCUCCUCUUCGUCCUCGGAGACUGGGGACAAUGGUGACUACACCGAGAUGGCCUUUGGCGUGGCUGCCACCCCGCCACAACCCAUCGCGGCCCCCCCCAAGCCAGAAGGUGCCCGCGUGACCAGCCCCACGUCCGGCGUGAAGAGGCUGAGUCUCAUGGAUCAGGUGUCGGGGGUCGAGGCCUUCCUUCAGGCCAGCCAGCCCCCAGACCCGCACCGAGGGGCCAAGGUCAUCCGCGCAGACCCGCAGGGGGGCCGCCGCCGCCACAGCUCCGAGACGUUCUCCUCGACCACCACUGUGACCCCCGUGUCCCCGUCCUUCGCCCACAACCCGAAGCGCCAUAACUCGGCCUCUGUGGAAAAUGUUUCUCUCAGGAAAAGCAGCGAAGGGGGCGGCGGCAGCAUCCUCGGUGGGGGAGAUGAGCCCCCUGCGUCCCCCCGCCAGUUGCAGCCACCGGUCCCCCAGCAGGCGCGGCCGUGGACACCGAGUCAGCCUGGUGGCUUGGUUGGCUGCCCCGGCGGCACUGGCUCUCCAAUGCGCAGGGAGACCUCUGCCGGCUUCCAGAACGGCCUCAACUACAUCGCCAUCGACGUGAGGGACGAGCCGCCCCCGCAGCAGCAUCCGCAGCAUCCACAGCAUCCGCAGCCGGGAGACAAAAGCGCCUGGGGCCGGACCCGGAGCCUUGGGGGUCUCAUCAGCGCCGUGGGGGGCAGCAGCACGGGCGGGGUGUGUGGGGGGCCGGGCCCUGGUGCCCUGCCAUCCGCCAACACCUAUGCCAGCAUUGACUUCUUGUCGCAUCACCUGAAGGAGGCCACGGUUGUGAAAGAAAUGGACAGUGGUGGCCCCAAAUGGAGCAGUGAGGAAAAUUCUGGGGGAAGAGUGAAGAUCUGUCUGGCUUUAUCACAUGACGUCACACAUCAGAGAAUGACAUUAACAGGAGAUGCUCAGCAUUUUUUAAAAUCUGAAGCUGCUUACAAUUUUCUUUUGGAUCUGAGCAAUGACUACGUUUUGAAACAUCUGUGACUAUAUUGGUCACGGAACCAACAAGGCAAGAACGCCCAGCUCUCUCCUUUGUUCCCGUCAGGGGGCAUUCCUCCUUGUGCUGUUUGUGUUGUGUUGUGUUUUUUUUUUUUUUAACAACGUUCGCUGAAGAAGUUAUUCUCAAGAAAAUUGGAUGUUUUCAUUGGCCCUUUAAAUUGUGGCCAGUGUCUUAAUUUCUUCUUACUUUCAUUUUGGCAAAGCAAAUUUAUCCCUCAGCAUGCUAGGAGAUUCUACCAAUACCCCUUAAAGUGGUAAAAUCUGGUAUUUACUGGCAUACACUCAAAACUACCACAGUCCUACCUCAGUUCCAGGUGAAGCCGGAUUUGCGUGGUCGGGGGCCGGCGGGACCUCCCGUGUAUCUGUGCAGAAUGUGUCUCAAGUGUGGUCAUCAGCCUUAUUAAACUGGUUCCCGUACACAGCUGCUUGUUGAACUCCCAUCCAGGUACCUGCGUGCUUGCUCACAGACAGCCCAGUGUGGGACUGACUCUUCUCAAUAGAAAUGAAAUUUGAGAUUGGACUUGGAAGAUGGAUUAAUAAAUAAUAAUUAUUAUAUGUAACUGAAGCAACUACUUUUGAAAAUCAUCAACUGUAUUGGAUGUUUAUGUAGGUACUUCACAUUGCAAAAGCCUUUGAUCUAUUUACAAGCUCAGACGUCUCUGCUGUCCUUAAUCUUGAGCUUGCAUUUCUUUAACCAAAAAUUCAUGUAGGCAUGCCAGCGAUUCAUGGUGGUCACGGGUCUGGCAGAUUUUUAAAAAAUGUAGGAUCUUUACUAUCACGUGAUCGUGUCGGCCAACAAGGCUGCUCUGAACAGCAACAACUAGAAAAAACAACGGAAAGGAAAGCAACACAGAAGAGGCAUUCCGGCCCCUUUGCUACUGAUAGAAAAAGGAAAAGAAGAGAAACCAUCGCACAGGGCACAUCGGUGGUUGAAGAAUUCCUGACGAGCCUACCCUUGUUUCAUGUUUUCAGUGUUCUGAAAAUGACGUCAGUGUUGUGCCGAUCACUGCAGGUGUCACCUAAAACUGCUGACCUUGACCGGCAGAAUGUCACGUCAUCUCGCUGCUCGCUUGACAUGUGAUGGAGGGCUGUGGACCUUUCCCUCCCGCGGGUGCGUCCCGGUGCCUGUCUUCUCUGAGGGUCGUGUGGAGGUUACACUAAUUCAUUGGAGAUGAAGAUGGGAGCUUUUUUCUUUCUUGUUUUCUUUUGGAGAAAAAUAUAUAUAAAUAUAUAGAUAUAUUAUCAUUAUAGAAUAAUGCAUUAAUAAAAAUGAGGCUUUUUUAGAGGAAGACCAAAAAAUUCAAUGUCUUAAAAAUAUAUUUAAUGGCAAUGCAAAAGUCUUCCUGCUUCCACGCUGAACUUUUAGAACAGAGGAUUGUAUUGCAAGACAAAGUUGAAUGUAAAGUGAUCCCCCCGGAACAUUUUUAAAUUUUUACUUUUCUAAAAUUACACGUCGCAACAGUGCAUAGACCAGACGAUGUUAGUUUGAAGGUCAAUUUCAGUGUAUAAUAUAUAUACUUUAUUAAAAUGUAUAGAAUGCCCUAAAGUUUUGAUCUAGUUUUGGGACUAGGAAUCGAUGGGUGGCGUUUGCUCUGGAACUCCCCCGGGGACAAUAGGACUGAAUAUGGACCCCGCUGACUACAGUGUAUGACACGUAUUUCAGUAGUUCUCUAUACUUAGAGUAGUCAUGCCACUAUACACAUGGUUCAUGUUCCUACUGCAACUUGAAACAAGCAAAAUACAAAGUUGAUAAUGUACUAAAUUGUCCUCUAUCCUGUACAUUUCAAAAAAAAGGCAUAUGCAAUAUUUACAUUUUUAAUUUAGUUUACAGAAUGGAACCAAAAUGUAUAAAUGUUAUGUUUGCGAAAACUUCACAAUGUAUAUUGGGUCUUUGUACAUUUUGCCUGACUUACCUUAAAUUUAAAAUAUUUUUUGCUAUAUAAACUUUAACAGUUAUUAAACAGUGUUUUCUUUUUUGGUACGUAUUGUUUCUGGAUAUCAAGAUGUUAAAUAUAUUUCUUGCUAUUGUGAUAUGACAAAAGACUUACCUUAUCUUGCUCUGUCUUCCACUGUACACGCUGUAUAUAAGGGUCAAUGUGACGCUGCUGGAGACGAGAAUAAAUGGAACUAGAAUAGUGCAUUGUAUGUAGUCUGUAUUGAUCAUGGAUGCUCUCCUUAAUAGCCAUAUGCAAUAAAAUAAAAUACAUUAUUUAUGAAAUGAA